AUGGCGUGGGAACAUCUAGCUAUCGAUAAGCCGCACGUGGCCUACAUCAUCCUGGGAGGGUUUACCAGCUUGUUUAUGUUGUGUUCACUGUUCGUUAAGGAAAAACUAUACAUUGGUGAAGCUACCGUGGCCACACUAUGCGGUGUCAUUUUCGGUCCUCACGCUGCCCGCCUCUUCGACCCGAUAUCCUGGGGAAAUGUGGACAAGAUUACGCUGGAAUGCUCCCGCAUUGUGCUCGUCGUUCAGUGUUUUGCUGUCGGGGUCGAAUUGCCCAAGUUUUAUAUGGAAAAACAUUGGAGAUCGGUUGUCCUGCUUUUGCUUCCCGUCAUGACCUGGGGAUGGCUCAUAACGAGCCUCAUCAUAUGGUGGAUGGUACCACCCUUGUCAUGGCUCGAAAGUUUGGCUUGCGCUGCAUGUGUUACUGCUACUGAUCCCGUCCUAGCGUCAUCCGUGGUUGGUAAAGGGAAAUUCGCAAAGCGUGUGCCCAAACACCUUCGAGAUUUGCUCUCUGCAGAGUCAGGCUGCAACGAUGGUAUGGCUUUUCCGUUCAUCUACCUCGCUGUUUACCUCAUUGACUACCGACCGGAUUCGAAGAAAGUGGCCUUUCAUUGGAUUUGCUUUACUAUCCUUUACGAAUGUAUUUUCGGCGCAUUUUUCGGGUUUGUGAUCGGCUACAUUGGCCGUCACGCUAUCAAAUUCGCCGAACGGAAGAGCCUCAUCGAUCGAGAGAGUUUCCUUGUGUUCUACUUCGUACUGGCUUUGUUUUGUGCUGGUACCGGCAGUUUGCUGGGUAUGGACGAUUUGCUUAUCGGCUUCUCUGCUGGGGUGGGAUUUAGUAAUGACGGAUGGUUUACUGAGAAGACAGAAGAAUCUCACGUUUCCAAUGUCAUUGAUCUACUACUCAACUUAACGUAUUUCGUUUAUUUUGGGGCAAUUAUACCGUGGCAGCAAUUCAAUGCUCCAGCAAUUGGUAUGGUGCCGUGGAGGCUGGUUGUGAUUGCUAUUUUCGUGAUCUUUUUCAGGCGGAUUCCCAUCAUGCUAAUGUUGAAACCAUUUAUACCUGACAUCAAAACAUGGCGAGAGGCGCUAUUUGCGGGCCAUUUCGGCCCAAUUGGUGUAGGGGCUAUUUUCGCUGCUAUUCUCACCAGGGCAGAGUUGGAAAAUGGAUCAACUCAACCUCUUGCAGAACCGCCAAGGCCUGGUGACGAAAACUUCGCAAUUGUCACUGUUAUUUGGCCUAUUACGACGUUCUUGGUGAUUUCAUCCAUUAUUGUCCACGGAUCAUCGAUUGCUGUUUUCACCCUCGGAAAGCAUAUCAAUACCUUGACCAUCACAAUGUCCUAUACGCAAGCUAACGAGGAUGGCCCUUCAUGGAUGAAUCGGCUUCCUCGCAUCCAAACGCAAUCAAAGGCGUCAAUGUCCUUGCGCAAAGAAUCGAUGGAAUCGCAGUCGAGCGGGAGACUGCCGGAAUUCCCUCCUGGGACUCUUGGUCCGGUUGGAUUUCCCGGGAAUCUAUUACGACGUCAGAGAGAAGAUGCGGAAAGUGAACCGAAUAGUCGCGCAUCUAGUCGUAGGCCUACAAGAAGACGGAAAAGAGGUGCGGGUGGACCGAUUAGCCAGUCUGCAAUUAUGCCCCAGAGGAGGUUGGAGACCCCUGGUGCUCCGAAAAGUGAAAGCAGAGAUGAGAACAGGCCUCCCUUGGAACAACGCGAGUUGACAACUGAAAUACAUGGCAUGGAAAUUUACCGUGAAGGCGACAAGAUAAUUAUCGAAGAUAGGGAAGAUCGAAUCGGAGAGUUGCCAAUAUCCAAGGAUCAGGCGGUUGAGAAACACGAUAGUGAAUGCUCUGGCUCUGUCGUCGAUGGGAAUGCCGGAGAUACUUAUGAAAGGAUUAAAGGACUCCUCCCUACAUGGAUCCGUGGUGGCCGAAGGCUCACAAAAGAAUCCGAAGGCGCAGGACCAACACAGAAACCAGAUGACGGACGACGUCGACCCGCGAGAGCAUAUCAAUUUGGAAACACAGUCAUUGUCGAAGAUGCAGAUGGCGAAGUUAUCAAGAAAUUUACUAUCCAUCCUGAUGAGAAGCCAAUGAAGGAUUCCGAGGAGGCUGAUUCUAGUAACCCUGCAGAGGUGAAUCUUCCAUCGUCCAUCGAGCUUGAGCCUAUGCGACGAAGGAUAUCCCGCGUGGGGACCUGGAUUGGCCUUGGAGAGCCUAGAGAAGGAGGCGAACCCUCCUCGAAGAAAACACAACAAACCGAAGGUGAUUCGUCUGAUGAUGAGCGUCUUCGAUUCACCAUCACAAGGCCAGACCUGAUGACAAAGCCCGAAAUGGGUCUCAGAAUGGGCAAGCAUGAUUUUAUCAAACAGAUCCGCACACUUGACCCAAAAACCCGCGCGGAACUACUCCAUCACUCCUCCACUCCGGAACAGAUGAAAGCCGCCCUCCAAAGGGAGCGUGCUCGUUCCGGCCACUUGGAACAUCAAGACAACCGCGACUCCCAAACCACUAAAACAACAGGGCAAGAACGGCAACAAGAAGACACCCGAGCACAUCAACGGGGCAUCGUAGCCGCCUCUGGAGACAAGGGUGAAGAACCAGGUUGCUCCACUCCCCCAUCCACCACGCGAAAUCCCCGCGAUUCCGAAGAUGAUGGCACCGAACGAAUCCCACCGUCCCAACGACGCCAACCAGCCGGUUCAACCAUUGCCAUCCAGACCGCUCCAUUCCCACAAGCAUUGCAUGACAGUGCAGAGACACCGGCUGAGCGAAAACGCCGGCUGGCAGCGCUGGGUGAAUUGCAGGAUCAAGCUGAUGAUGAUGAUGAUUGGGGUGGCACGGAAUCUCCGGGCGGAACUCGGGAUCGGACUGGCAGACGUGGUCGACAGCCCGCGGCCCUCGAGGAUCCGGAUAGUGAGGAUGAUGGGGAACCCCGUACCGUGAAGGGCAAAGUGCAGUUUGCGGAUGGGACGAGACCGGCGAAGAAAAGGGAUGGGGCCGGUGAGGUGGUUGUCGCACCGCCAAAAGCGUAUGUGGCUGGCUCGGGAGCUGCUUCUGAAUCUCCUGCUAGCGAUGGGAACGAAGGAGAGGGUAACGGUGAUAGUGAAAAUUCGGGUGUGGGAGGUCCUCGCGAGAGGAGUGGGAAUGGGACUGGCUGGAGAGGGCAUAGGCCUCAUGUGUCAUGGGGCGGGGAGACGGGAAGGAAUAUGUAA